AUAGAUCGGUAAAACCUCAUUUUGUAUAUAUAAAAAUAAAAUAAAAUAAAAAAUAAAAACUCAAAACCCUGAACUACUCUAAUAGCUCCUGCUAAGCUGCCAAAGCGUCUCAUCUUCUUCACCGUCUCAUAUCUCUCUAAUUUUCCAAAUCACAGAGAUAAAGCAUUUUAGGGUUUUUGAGUGGAGAGCUUCAUCGGCGAAUUGAACCGAACGGAGCUGAAGAAAAAUGUCAGGGAGGAAAGAAACAGUUUUGGACCUGGCCAAGUUUGUGGACAAAGGUGUCCAAGUCAAGCUCACCGGCGGCAGACAAGUGACAGGGACUCUGAAAGGAUAUGACCAGUUGUUAAACCUUGUCCUAGAUGAAGCGGUGGAGUUUCUAAGAGAUUCUGAUGAUCCAUUGAAGACCACUGAUCAGACCAGGCGCCUUGGCCUCAUAGUUUGUAGGGGAACCGCUGUAAUGCUUGUGUCGCCGACAGAUGGUACAGAUGAGAUCGCCAACCCUUUUAGCCAGCCAGAUGGUGCCUAAAACUGAGACAUUGCCUUGCCGCCCCUCUUCUCACGACAGUGCUUAAGAAACCGUGAUGAGGUGGUACCAUGCACAUUUUAGGGUGGUUAUGCCCUUGGCCUUUAAAUUACAUAGCACAUUUGAUUAGUGACUAAUGUAAAACGUUAACAUCUUUAUGACUCCGUUUUAUCUUUAGAUAUCUAUUAAGAAAUUUGUUAUGGGAA